AUGGAUGAAGAAUUAUUGAUAGGAAAUAAAUCUUGGAACCGCAUGUCCCAAGCUCUCUUUCAAGAAGGCUUUAGAGAAGGUGCUGAAAUUGGGAAAGAAGAAACUUUGCAGCAAGGCUUUAAUGUUGGCUUUAACGAGGGUUUAGCCAACAACUUCCCUCUUGGUGAAGUGGAAGGAAUUAUGAAAGUUUUAGCGUUUAAGAAGAUUAGUGGCACAGAGCACCUCUUAGCAUCUAAUAAGCAAGAUUCUAAAGAUUGUAUCAUCUGUCAAAGACCUGAAAUUGAAUCGAGUGGAAUUUCUCAUAUAAUUGAAGAACAAUCUAUUGCUAGUAAAGCGUUACUACAAUCUAAGUUGGACCACCCAGUGAAGGAAGUCCUGAGUAAACUGCAUCUUCAAGUUUUUUCUGAUACAUCCUCCAAAAGUUGA